GACUCGGCGUCGCUUGAGUCCGCCUCGUGUAAUGUUUGGGGCAAACCACUGUUCUCUCUCUUUCUCUCUUGCGCGCUACAGAAGCACAAACCUUCGCAAAAAUCAUUGAAUGAGUGCUAAGUCUGCCAAGACUCCAAAAAUCAGCCAGUUCUUCUCUCCUUCGAGCAAAAACGGUGAAAUGGACGGUGUCAGCAAAAAGAAGCGCGUGGCAGAGCCUAUAAAAAGUAGGUCGCCAGCAAAGAAGCAGAAGAAAGAAAAAGUUCCCCGAAAAAAGAAGGCAAAAGGAGAUGGACCCGUCGUGAAGCGAGCCUCGUCCGCGUACAUCCAUUUUACGUCGGAUUUUCGUGCGAAGCUGAAGGCGAAGAGCGCAAAGAGCGGUACUCCUCUUCCAAAGGCAAACGAAGUUGCGAAGCUCGCUGGUGAGGAGUGGAAGAAAUUGAAUGAUGAGCAGAAAAAGCCUUACGUCGCCAAGGCUGAAGCAGACAAACAACGAUACCUAAAAGAGGCUGGUAAGAACGACCCCAAGAAAGACCCUGACAAGCCCAAGCGCCCGCCUACAGCCUACUUCCUCUUCCUGGCCGCAUUCCGUAAGGAAAUGGCAGGCAAAGCUUUGGAAGAUGGCAAGAAGAUCCCAUCCUUGGCUGGGGAAAGAUGGCGAGAGAUGAGUGAUGAAGAUAAGAAACCAUACACAAUUCAAGAGGCCGAAGAAAGAAACAAGUAUGAGAAAGUGAUGGAGGAGUGGAGGAAAAAGGAAAAGGCUGCCCCCAAGCCUGAGAAGAAACCUGCCAAGAAACCGGCCAAACCAGUUUCUGAAGAUGAGGAAGACGACGAGGAGGAGGAAGAGGAAGAAGAGGAGGAUGAUGAAGAAGAUGAUGAUGACUAUGAUGAUGAUGAUGAUGAAUAGAGACUGCACUCUGCAUUCACCAUGACCAUCAAGCGAGUGUACAUACGAACCAGACAAUAUGUCGCAAAUAUUAGCAUUAUUCUUGUAUAUUUGGAGCACUUUGUCAUAUGCUGUUUCCAUUCAAGAAGAGUUUUGUUCAGUAGGAAGGUGCCUUUGCAGAGAGAUAGAGUAUGAUGUGCUGUUUACAUCUGAGCACCACAAAAGAGCCUUAGAGCUCUUCUACUAAGCAACCCUUAUUUAGUUGUGUAAAAGAUAAGUAAAGUACUUCUGGUAACCCCAGAUAGUGAUUGAUAACAGUUUUUAAAACAAACCUCUUUGUGCUUACCUCUGCAUUUAUUCUCACACUUUUUUUUGCACAAUUUUAUUAUUUUGAAAAAAAAAAAGGUUUUAUUUUUGAUAAUCACUGUAACACUAAACAAUUGAAACUCAAAGCUACAACCCUGUGCCCUUUAUGAUGAAUAGCCUUUGCCUGGCUCCAACUUGAUACAGUAGUUUGUCAGUUUGGAUCCUUUUUGUUGUGUUACCUGGCAAGCAACUUCUUUUUACAGUUACAAAAAUAUUUCUAGCAAUGAUAAUGCUUGAUAGUGUUACUUUGCUGAGACAUAUUACUAUAAAAGUGAAGUUUAAGACGCUUCCCAGUUUCUAACACUGUUUGUUAUCUUAGGCCCCAGGUUGAUGUUUUGCACCCAUAGAAAGUUAUUUCAACAGGAAUUUGUUUUUGGGUGUGAACAGUGGAGUAAAAUUCCACUAGGAAUACCUUCCUGUGUCCAUGUCUUGGGCAUAUCCUGUUUAGAUUAGUUUCAUCAUAGUGUACAGUUUUCAGACGUCUGUAUUAUAGCGUUGUCAUACAUACCUUGAACUCUUGCUGUUUGCCAUUAAAUAAUAUUUGUUAAAA